AUGACCGAUAACACAGGCAACCAAGACCAAAACGAAGGCGGAAGCGGCGGGCUCCUCGGUAGCGUGACUGGGGGCGUCGAAAAUAUCCUCACGGGCGGCGAUAAGGCUAAGGGCCAAGGAGGACUUCUCGGAGGCCUUGGUGGAGCGGUCGGCAAGACGACAGAAGGCGCCGGAAAUGCCCUCAAUCAGACGACCGAGGGGGUCGGUAACACGGCCGGCUCAGCAACGGAGGGAGUCGGAAACGUUGGCAAAGGUGUCACGGGGACCUUAGAUAAUACCGUUAAAGGAGUAACUGGCUCGGGACAGGAACGGAAGUAG